CACACACACACAAGCGCGUAUGACAUUCUACCACACAGAAACAGUGGUUUUAUGCUAACUCUGUGGUGAAAUGAUUUUUAUUCGAUCUUUUUUUAAAUUUUUAGGGAACAUUCUUAGAGGGAAAUUUUGAAGGAACAACUCUUUCGUGAGAUAUUUGGUGGCCCUGAAAAGGGCCGUUUGUUUAGUGCUUCAUUCGGGCCGCUUCUCCGGUCAACGUUGAGGAAGAUGUCCAUAGCUUUGGUCUGGGUCAACCUGCAUCAGCACCACGUUCCUAAGUGCUACUUGCGGCGGGGCUUUUGCUUCUUGUCCGUUACACUUGCGAUGGUGGAGGAGCUGCUCUUCUUCUUUCCCGAUGGUCUGCAGUGGCGAUUCGUUCCGAAGUUCCGAUCCUUCAGGGUGAUGGCGGCCAGAUUCGUUUCGUCAACCAGCGGACGGGCCGCGGGCUUGGCCGGUUUCCUCUCUUUUCGGAACCUUGGCCUGUGGUUUGCUUCUCCUGCGGUGCAGCGGUUGUUCUUCGUUGUUUGUCCGUUGGGCUGCCUAGGGAAAUUUUCGCCUUCUGCGCCCUCUUCUGCUGCAGCUGAUGUGGCCUCGACGACGAUCCAAAAAUUAUGAGCUGAAGUGGGGCGCAGCAGGCUGAGAUUUUUGGACUGCACGCGCUUACACUCACACACACAUAUGUAAUCGCUCGUAAAUUUCGAGGUGAUUCUGAUUCCGAGGCUGGAUUUAAUUUCAUUUCCGUUUUGCGUAACCGUGCAGCAACAUCACAGAAGAGCAGCUACAUUUUGAUACCUUUAUUGCCCCAACUCUUAUGGUUCCGCCAAUUUCAAAUUUCAUGUCCAGUAUCAAAAACCCUGAAGUUUGAUACUUAUAUUGCCCCAACUCUUAUGGUUCCGCAAAUGUCCCCUUAUCGGAACAUCCCCGGGGCCUCCGGCCACUCCAGGUGGUGGCCACUACUGUCAAAAUGUCAAAUUGCAUGUCCUCAGCAAUCCUUAUUGUUUGAUACCCAUAUUCCCCCAACUUUUAUGGUUCCGCAAAUGUCCCCCUAUCGGAACACCCCCGGGGCCUCCGGCCACUCCAGGUGGUGGCCACUAUUGCCGAAAUGUCAAAUUUCAUGUCCAGUAUCCAAAUCCCUUAAGUUUGAUACCCAUAUUGCCCCAACUCUUAUGGUUCCGCAAAUGUCCCCUUAUCGGAACAUCCCAGGGGCCUCCGGCCACUCCCGGUUAUGGCCACUACUGCCAAAAUGUCAAAUUUCAUGUCCAAUAUCAAAAUCCCUAAAGUUUGAUACCCAUAUUCCCCCAAAUUUUAUGGUUCCGCAAAUGUCCCCCUAUCGGAACACCCCUGAGGCCUCCGGCCACUCCAGGUGGUGGCCACUACUGCCGAAAUGUCAAAUUUCAUGUCCAGUAUCCAAAUCCCUUAAGUUUGAUACCCAUAUUGCCCCAACUCUUAUGGUUCCGCAAAUGUCCCCUUAUCGGAACAUCCCAGGGGCCUCCAGCCACGCCCGGUUAUGGCCACUACUGCCAAAAUGUCAAAUUUCAUGUCCAGUAUCCAAAUCCCUUAAGUUUGAUACCCAUAUUCCCCCAAAUUUUAUGGUUCCGCAAAUGUCUCCCUAUCGGAACACCCCCGGGGCCUCCAGCCACUCCAGGUGGUGGCCACUAUUGCCGAAAUGUCAAAUUUCAUGUCCAGUAUCAAAAACGCUAAAGUUUGAUACCCAUAUUCCCCCAAAUUUUAUGGUUCCGCAAAUGUCCCCCUAUCGGAACACCCCCGGGCCUCCGGCCACUCCAGGUGGUGGCCACUACUGCCGAAAUGUAAAAUUUCAUGUCCAGUAUCAAAAACCCUAAAGUUUGAUACCCAUAUUGCCCCAACUCUUAUGGUUCCCCAAAUGUCCCCUUAUCGGAACAUCCCCGGGGCCUCCGGCCACUCCAGGUAGUGGCCACUACUGUCAAAAUGUAAAAUUUAAUGUCCAGUAUCAAAAUCCUUAUUGUUUGAUACCCAUAUUGCCCCAACUUUUAUGGUUCCGCAAAUGUCCCCUUAUAGGAACAUCCCCGGGGCCUCCGGCCACUCUAGGUUGCGGCCACUACUGCCAAAUUGUCUAAUUUCAUGUCCAGUAUCAAAAUCCCUUAAGUUUGAUACCCAUAUUCCCCCAAAUUUUAUGGUUCCGCAAAUGUCCCCCUAUCGGAACACCCCCGGGGCCUCCGGCCACUCCAGGUCGUGGCCACUACUGCCGAAAUGUCAAAUUUCAUGUCCAAUAUCAAAAAUCCUAAAGUUUGAUA